AUGAUUGAUGCGGGUUCUUCAGGUUCUCGAGUUCAUGUUUAUCAAUUCAGUGUUUGCAACGACCCAGUUCUAGAGAACGAAGUAUUUCAUAUGCUAGAGCCUGGUUUAUCGUCAUUCAAAGAUGAUCCCGAAGCAGCAGCUUUAUCGCUAAAACCUUUGAUGGACAUUGCAGUCAAGAGUGUUCCCAAGGAAUUUCAGAAAUGCACCCCUAUUGCUGUCAAGGCAACGGCUGGAUUAAGAUUGUUGGGUAAGGAUAAAUCGGACAGUAUCCUUAAAUCUGUUCGCAAAUAUCUUGAAACAUUUCCUUUCCCCAUUGCUGGUGAAAACGGUGUUGAAAUUAUGGAAGGCUCAGAUGAAGGCGUUUACGCUUGGAUUACAGUGAAUUAUUUGUUGGGUAAACUGAGAAAGAGUCAGAGAGGACAAUCAGCUGCUGUAUUCGAUUUAGGCGGUGCAUCCACGCAGAUUGUAUUCGAACCCACCUUUGCAACUCCUGAGGAAAAUAUGGUGGAAGGAGACCACAAAUACCAACUAGAUUAUCAGAAUGACCUAUUUGAAUUAUACCAACAUUCUUAUCUCGGUUAUGGUCUAAACGAAGCACGUAAAGCAAUCAAAAUGGAAAUGGUCAAUCUAUGGAAAUCAGAAGCGAAGAAGACCGGCAAAGUUUAUCAUCCUUGCUUACCAGAAAACUACAAAGAGAAUAUGGCUACUGAUAAUGGCACGACUGUUCAACUCAUUGGCACUGGAGCAGGUUACACUGAAUGUCGCGGCAUCAUAGAAAGAGUGUUCAAUAAGGAUAAACUAUGUGAAGUAGGACCCUGUGCAUUUGAUGGCGUCUACCAACCCUCUCUUACCGAAACAUUCAAGGACAGAGAUUUGUACGUUUUCUCCUACUUUUAUGAUUUGACGCAACCUUUGGGAAUGCCUACAGAAUUUUCGGUGAAAGAACUAGGCGAGUUAACGGACCGAGUUUGCCGUGGAGAAACCAAACCUUUUCAACAUGUACCUGGUGCCUUACAAUUGUUGAAAGAGAAGCCGGAUUUCUGUCUCGAUUUAACUUAUCUCUACAACCUUUUGAAGUAUGGUUACGAAAUCCCAGCUGACAGGUUAGUGCGUACAGCUAAAAAGAUCAAUGGAGCAGAAACCGGUUGGUGUUUGGGUGCAUCCAUUGCUAUGUUGGAUGAAAACAAACUUGUCUGUCAGGCAUAA